AUGACGGCCAUCGCUGUGCAGGCCCAAAGGCUACUGGGCCCCAAGAGGCCCCACCGCUCCUUCUUUGAAUCCUUCAUCCGGACCCUCAUCAUCGUGUGUGCUGCCCUGGCUGUGGUCCUGUGCUCAGUCUCCAUCUGCGAUGGGCACUGGCUCCUGAAUGAUGACCGUCUCUUUGGGCUUUGGCACUUCUGCACCAUCACCAAUCAAAGUGAGCCACAUUGCCUCAGAGACCUGAGUCAGGCCCGCAUCCCUGGGCUGGCGGUGGGCAUAGGCCUGGCCCGCAGCAUGGCUGUCAUGGCUGUAGUGUCCGCCAUCUUUGGCCUGGAGCUUCUCAUGGUGUCCCAAGUGUGUGAAGACAUUCGCUCACGUCGAAAGUGGGCCAUCGGUUCCUUCCUCCUCCUGGUUGCCUUCAUCCUCACUUCUGGGGGGCUUCUGAGCUUUGUGAUCCUCCUCAGGAAUCAGGUCACACUCACUGGCUUCACCCUGAUGUUCUGGUGCGAGUUCACGGCCUCUUUCCUCUUCUUCCUCAAUGCCAUUAGUGGCUUUCACAUCAACAGCCUCACCCAACCCUGGGACCAACAGAUGAAAUUCUAGGGCCCCCUCCAGGAACCUUGACUUCUACAAGAAAUUGUAGUUAAGAUGGGACUUCUCCAACAUGUGACUUCUGGCGAGGACAGGGUGGGACAAUAACCUUGAAGCUGCCUCUUAGCCCCUAGGCUCUGGGUGGUCAGCUAGAAAUAGCCUGGGGACCUCUGCAUCUAUCUGUAGGGCCAGAGGCCAGGAAAGUGUCUCAGUGCCACCAGCUGCACAGGCUUAGCAAAGUUAUUAGAAUGUUGAUUCUAAAAGAAGAAAAUAUUUUAAAAGUCUUUUCUUGAGUUUUUUCCCUGGAUGGGCUUGAUUUGGAAGCAACCCUGGUAACCGGGGCCUGGGCUAGCUGCCUGCCUGGUUCAUGGACUCUGUGCUGGGAUGUGAGCUGGAGGGACCCUGGGGCUCCGGGGUUGCUAAGAAUGGAUCCUCUCUCCAGCUAAGGAACCUGUGAGUGCCUAGGACUUCCACCAGCUCAAGAGGCCAUCAGCACAUUUCCCUCACUUAGCAGAAUUCCUCAGAAUGUCUUGCACAUAGGUUUCAAACCAUUGGUUCAAGUUCUCCUGUGCCCUUUGUGAGGCCCUCAGAAACCCCAGCUAACCCCAGUUUCUACCAGCUGUUGUUCCUCUCUAGGCCCUCAGUGUGGUCAGAUCCUUCCUUGAGUGACUGAUCCCAGGAGGCUCAGUUGAUUUCUGACAGUCCUUCAGAGGCCA